AUGCAGAUCUCUGUUAAGACACUCACUGGCGAGACGAACACUUUCGAAGUUGAACCUUCUCUCAGCAUUGGAGAUGUUAAGAUUCUGUUUAAUGUGCAUAGUAAGCUCGCCAAAGGUACAUGGUAUCCUCCAAACGAACAGCGGCUGAUAUUUGCAGGACGACAGCUUGAAGACAACUAUACUUUGUCGUAUUAUGGAAUCCAAAAUGAAUGUGAACUCCACGUGGUAGGUCGCUUACGUGGUGGUGCAGAGGCAUCGUCUUGUGCACCUCAGCAAGAGAUCGAAAAUUUGCUUACAUGCUGCAUUUGCAUCGUACCUUACAGGCAGCCGAAGGUGCUUCCUUGUCAGCAUACAUUCUGUUUGUCGUGCCUCGAAAUGUGCAUGAAGUUUCACAUCAUUUCACAAUCAGGGAAACUCAAGUGCCCACUAUGUCGUGCUGAACAUUCGGUUCCGUCAGGAGGAGUACAGGCCUUCCCAGUAAGUGGGAGUUCACUUUCAACCAGCGAAUGUUUCCUUUCACAAUCAUUAACAUUAUAUCUUUUCAAUCAAACUACACUAUUAUCGACCUUCUCAACAAUCCUGCUUUAG